AUGGGUUACUCGGCAUCCUCGUCCUCUGACGCUGGCAACAAUACCCAGCCUACCAAGGAUACGUCGUCAGAUGUCAUCAUUGCCCGUGUCCUUCAACAGUUGGAAGAGUUGGACAUUCAGGAUGUGGAUAGUACUUCGUUCAAGUCCCUCGUUGAGAAGACGAAGGAGGUGGUGAAGAAGUACAACAACAAGGACAAGGUCGUCUUGACACCCGAGGAGCGCGUACAGGAGCGCAUUGCCAAAGCAAAAGCCCGUGCCUUGGAGAAGCAGGAGGAGGGGGCUCGUUUGCGUUCGGAGAAAAUCGUCCUGACCCUCACCAAUGGCACCGACACCUACACUAUCACCGUUGUCCGUGGCGUUACGGUUGGAACUCUUCGCUUGAUGUUGGGUCAGCAGAUGGGCAUCGGACGCACCAAGGCAUUGCGUUUGUCUUUGACCCGUGGCGCUACAAUCAUCACAUCAUCGCCACGCAAAACGCUCUUGCGCCUCAACAUCCAGUCGGGGGAGACCAUCUACUUCAGCGGGACUCAGACCGGUGAGCCAGAUGAUGACACAACCGUCGUGUCGCAGGACUCUGUGGAUGUGAUGGUUGCUCGGGACAUCAUUGAGGACGAGGAGGACAGCGAUGGCAAUAUGAGCAUCACCAACGAAGGCAUCGACGAAGACGCUGAUGAAGAAAAGAUUCAGCCAAGCAAGAAGAAGUAA